GCGGAUUUACAGAGGGGACUCCGAGGGGGAGAUCGGGGGAUGGGGGCUGCACCCCGUGCCCGAGCCGCUGCUCUCUGGGCCCGUUUCGGCAACUGGGGGGGAACCCACUCCAAGGUGGUGCUGCUUUCCGAAGAUGGCAAGAUUCUGGCAGAGACAGAGGGGCCCUGCACCAACCACUGGGUAAGGAUGUGGUCCUCCUCGCCAUCAAGUGGGUACAGGGAAAAUCUGGUUGGUUCAGACAAGUGCCUGGAGCGGAUCAACGCCAUGGUCCAGGAAGCCAAAAAGAAGGCAGGGAGUGACCCGCACACUCCUCUUCGGUCUCUGGGUCUCUCCCUGAGUGGGGGGGAGCAGAAGGAAGCCAUCAAGCAGCUCGUUGAGGACAUGAAGACCCGCUUCCCACACCUGAGUGAGAGUUACUUUAUCACGACUGAUGCCACGGGGGCCAUGGCCACUGCCACCAACACUGGUGGUGUGGUGCUCAUCUCAGGAACUGGCUCCAACUGCAAGCUCAUCAAUCCUGACGGCUCUCAGAUCAGCUGUGGAGGAUGGGGCCACAUGAUGGGCGAUGAAGGGUCAGCUUACUGGAUUGCCCACCAGGCUGUGAAGAUUGUGUUUGAUGGCCUGGACAACCUGGAGGUCCCCCCGCAUGACAUCAGCUGUGUGAAGCAGGCUAUGUUUGACUACUUCCAGGUUUCCGACAGAAUGGGGCUCCUGACUCAUCUCUACAGGACCUUUGAGAAGUCAAAGUUUGCAGGGUUCUGCCAGAAGCUGGCUGAAGGAGCCAAGGCGGGGGACCCCCUGUGCCGUCACAUUUUCAACAAGGCCGGAGAAGUCCUGGCACGACAUAUCGUGGCUGUGCUGCCAAAAAUUGACAAGACGCUUCUGCAAGGUGACCUAGGAUUGCCCAUUGUGUGCGUUGGAUCGGUGUGGAACAGCUGGGAGAUGAUGAAAGACGGAUUCGUCCGGGUGCUUGAACAGGCCCGCAGCGAGCACCUCAGCAGCGCCUUCUCCAAGUUCAGCCUCCUGAAGCUGAAGCAGUCCUCAGCGCUAGGAGGGGCCAGCCUGGGGGCCAAGCACAUCGGCCAGGCUGUCCCUCUGGACUACACGGCCAACGUGGACAUCUUCUAUGCCCACUCCUUUGCCUAGAGCUGGGCGCUGUGCCACUCCAGACCGCCCCUUUUGAUGUUUCGGUGUGUGGACAGCCUUUUCUGCUUUGCGAGGAGCCCAGUUUGUAUUAGCAGGCCACGUAACAUCCUUUAAUAAAAAGCAGCCCGGGCUUGG